UCAUGCAUUUUUCUUGUUAAAAAUGCUUAUCGAUAUUGCGAAAUGCAUAUUACAAUAUACGUACGCAAUACAUUAGGCUACCGUUUCUGCUGGAGAUCAUUGUUUUAGGACCUAUGAUCAGGACACACACACACACACAAGGGCUCAGGUCAGAUGUGCAUGUUCAUCUCACUAUGGAUUUUUCUUAUCAAGCCAUAAAGACUGCUAACCAGGCCAGAGAGGCGGAUGAACUGAGAAUAGAGACAAGGAGGAGAAAUUUGCUGGUUUUGAUUAAUCAUCAUUUACUGGAAGAGGGGUAUACAGAUGCAUCAAAAGCCUUAGAAAAAGAAAGUAGUGUUAGUUUAUGUAGUUUCGAAGUCUGUGAUAAUGUAGACCUGGACACAGUUCUUAUGGAAUAUGAGAGUUAUUAUUAUAUUAAGUUUCAGAAAUAUCCAAAACUGACAAAGAAGCUGCCAGAACAAGAAGUGAAUAGACUUGUAAAAAGUGGUGGCAAAAGAAGGACAUCUUCAUUGAGCAGUCAAACACUCCCAAGAAUCAACUCCACCCGACGACCUCCAUCCAGAAACACUGGGAAAACUUUGGAAUCAAAACUUUCAGGGAGAGACACCAGUAAACACAGCAGUGUAAGACUCCAAACAUCCAUCACAACCGCGAACCAUGAAAUUGAGUACAUGUCCCCAGCUGAGAUGUCUGAGUUUGGCCUGAAUGUGUCACCUAUCCACAGAAAUGGAACAGGCGAGGGGACUCACAUGAGAAAGGGUCAUAUGGUUGAUUACAGAAAUCUGAUUCAAGAUUCAGUGAAAGGGUCUGCAAGUAACUCGAUAAAAAUCUUGCCCUGUGCUUCAGAUUUCUCGGAGCGGCUGCUGAAACCAAUAAGUGCCUUCUUUGGCAUGAAUAAUGAAAUGAGAGAGCUUGCAGCUGUUAUUAGUAGAGAUAUCUAUUUACACAACCCCAAUGUACGCUGGGACGACAUUAUAGGCCUGGAGGCUGCCAAGCGAUUAGUCAAAGAAGCUGUCGUCUAUCCCAUUAAGUAUCCGCAACUCUUCACAGGAAUUCUGUCACCAUGGAAAGGGUUGCUCCUAUAUGGACCACCUGGUACAGGGAAGACUAUGCUGGCCAAAGCUGUAGCCACAGAGUGUAACACAACAUUUUUCAACAUCUCUGCAUCCAGCAUUGUAAGCAAGUGGAGAGGAGAUUCUGAGAAGCUGGUUCGGGUUUUGUUUGAGCUGGCACGAUUUCAUGCCCCGUCCACCAUCUUCCUGGAUGAGCUGGAGUCUGUGAUGAGCCAGCGCGGGGUUGGCCAGGGGAGUGAACAUGAGGGCAGCAGGAGAAUGAAGACAGAGUUACUGGUUCAGAUGGAUGGACUGGCACGAUCCAACGAUCUCGUCUUUGUACUGGCUGCCUCCAAUUUACCCUGGGAGUUGGACCACGCCAUGCUGAGAAGACUAGAGAAGCGGAUCCUGGUGGGUCUCCCGUCCGCACCUGCCAGACAAGCUAUGAUCGGUCACUGGCUUCCUCCAGUUAGCAACACGUCUGCGGUCGAACUGCGGACAGAGCUGGAUUACAACAUGCUGGCACAGGAGACUGAAGGCUACUCUGGGUCAGAUAUUAGGUUAGUUUGUAAGGAGGCCGCUAUGAGACCCGUGCGAAAAAUCUUUGACGCCCUUGAAAAUCAUAUUGAAGGUCAGUCCAACAUGCCGGUUAUUGAACUAGAAACUGUGACCACAGCAGAUUUCCAGGAUGUUAUUGCCCACACAAAACCCUCGGCCAGAUGCCUGACAGAUAGGUAUUCAGCCUGGGAGAGAGAGUAUGAGUCCGUUUGAGAUGCAUUCAUCCCAACCAGACAUAGGCUAUUACAGCAUUUUUUUCUCAGUUUUACUCCAAGGUCUUUUAGGAUUUCAAAGAGAUUUUUUAUAUUUAAAAAUGCACUAGAGUCGAUUUGGUUAUGCUGUAUUCAUAAAAAAGGCUAUAUUAAAUACACUGCUCAAG